GUUGGAAUACUCCUUGAUGUAUCACCGAUUCAACCGGUUGGAAACAACUCUUUCAAAAGAGAUGUUGCAAUAAUGGAUAACACGUGGAUCAUUAUCAAAUUAACUGUUUGGAAUGAUUAUGUUCAUGUCUUCGGAGAUGGACCAUUUGACUAUGGGAAACAACAUUCAAUUGUUGUCGCAUGUGGGCUUCAUCUGAAAAAUUACCACGGGGUAUAUCUUACGACCGGCUAUUACAGCAGAAUAUACUUAAAUACAGAGAACAAAUUUACCAGUUUAUUAUCUGCAUGGUAUGACACCGAGAAACUGGCACAGAAACGGGUUGCGGCUUUCCGCUCAUGUCCAUUUGCAAUGCAUUCAUCAAUUGCAGUUUAUAAUGCCAUUCGUACUCGGAUAUCUAAAUUACCUACUAUAACGAGUGUAAAUAACUAUAAACCUUUUCAAUUUGUUUAUUAGUGGAAUUAUCAA